GCCUCCCUCCCUUUGCCGCCUGCUCCGUUGCCGUGGCAACAAAGGGAGCGCGUCGGCUGCUCUGUGCCAGAAUGGAAAAGAAGAUGGAGGAAAACCCCGGGAAAGACGCUGAGGCUGGCAUGGAAGCUGGAGGCGAGGAGGCCUUGGUGGGGAAUGUCAACAAGCUGACGGUGAGCCCACCGGGGUACUCAGGAUCUCCCAGAAAAGGACAUCUGGUUUUUGAUGCUUGCUUUGAGAGUGGAAACCUUGGUCGUGUUGACUACAUCAGUGAAUUUGAGUUUGACCUCUUCAUCCGCCCCGACACCUGCAAUCCCCGGUUUCGUGUCUGGUUCAACUUCACCGUGGAGAAUGUCCGAGAGACACAGAGGGUCAUUUUCAAUGUGGUCAACUUCUCGAAGACAAAGAGCCUUUACAGAGAUGGCAUGUCUCCUGUUGUUAAGUCCACCAGCAGACCAAAAUGGCAGAGACUCCCAGCCAAAAAUGUGUACUACUACCGCUGCCCAGACCACCGGCGUAACUAUGUCAUGUCAUUUGCCUUCUGCUUCGAUCGUGAGGAAGACAUCUACCAGUUUGCCUAUUGCUACCCUUACACCUACUCAAGAUUACAGCACUAUCUCGCCAGCCUGGAGCGCAGGAAUCUUCCCUACCUGCGGAGGGAGCAGCUGGGACUCAGUGUGCAACAACGACAGCUGGACCUGUUAACAAUCACCAAUUGUGAACAGCAGAAUGGAGGAAAGGAGAAGAAACUGGUGUUCCUCACGGCUCGCGUUCACCCUGGAGAGUCUCCUGCCUCGUUUGUCUGUCAAGGUUUGAUUGAUUUCCUGGUGAGCCAGCAUCCGGUAGCUCAGCUCCUAAGAGAUUAUGUGAUCUUCAAAAUUGUCCCCAUGCUGAAUCCAGAUGGAGUGUAUCUGGGCAACUACAGGUGUUCCCUAAUGGGCUUUGACCUCAAUCGCCACUGGCAGGACCCCUCUCCAUGGGCACACCCCACACUACAUGCUGUCAAGCAACUCAUAGUGCAGAUGAGCCAAGACCCAACUGUUAGCUUGGAGUUUUACAUCGAUGUCCAUGCUCACUCCACCAUGCUGAACGGCUUCAUGUACGGCAACGUGUUUGAGGACGAGGAGCGUGUCCAGAGACAGGCCGUCUUUCCCAGACUGCUGUGCCACAAUGCCCAUGACUUUUCCUUUUCCAACACUUCCUUUAACCGCGACGUGGUGAAGGCCGGCACAGGCAGACGUUUCCUCGGCGGUCUCCUUGAUGACACGUCCUAUUGCUACACUCUGGAGGUGUCUUUCUACAGCUACAUGACCCCUGGCAGCACGGCUCCCGUGGCCUACACCGAGGAGACUUACAUGAGGCUGGGCAUGAAUGUGGCUCGGACCUUCUUGGAUUACUACAAACUCAACAACCUAAUCGCAGACAAUGUGCCAAGUCACCUUCAAAGUUCUGAAGUGACGUCUCCAGUAGAUGGCGAUGUAGUGGACAGAGAGAAAGAGCAUGUCAGGGACUAG